GAGAAGCCAACGGCGAAGAACUCGAGCUCCUGCCGUGACUGGUCCCCGGCACAACCUGUAGCGCUGACAGCAGGCUCUUCUAACUACCUCAGUGACGUCACUGGACGCGGUAACGGCAAGAGAGUAAGUCGUAACGAUUUUGCACGACCCUAAGACGUUUCCUGUUUACCUCUGAGCUGAGACCUUUUAUAUGCACUUUAUCACUGCCUGUGCCACCUUGCUAACCCUGAGCCAUCACUGUGCCCACUGAAGGACUGGCAGCAGGAGACCCUGCGUAUUUCUUGGAAUGUUUCAGAAGCUCAACAGCAUGUUUAUGAGAGAUGUCAGCAAUGUCUUAAUUCAGGAUCCAGAACUCGGUGAAAAAGAGGAUGAUGAAUGGAUUGUGGUAGACUUUAUAGUUAAUAACUGCACUACAGAACCAGAAGAAGCCUCUACCUUUGAAGAAAUCGACUACGCAAAUGAAGAACCCUUCAUGAAUUAUGCACCAGGUGCCUUUGAACAGUUUGAAGAUACGAUUGACUCUUGUUACGUCCAUUUCGAACCGUGUCCUUUGGAGGAGAGUUGGUUUGUCACUCCCCCGCCAUGUUUUACCGCCGGAGAGUUGGCCACUAUGGAGGUGGGGAUGAGCCCAUUGGAGAACCUUCUCAUUGAACACCCGAGCAUGUCUGUCUAUGGUGUGCACAAUCUUUGCAGUAAGCCGACCAGCACAAUGGAUUCAGAAAGCCACAACUCAAGUUCUUUAAGGUUGGAUCCAGGUCAUAAAAGCGUCGCUCAGCAUGUACGUUGUUACGUUGCAACCCUUUCUGCUCGCGCAGCUUGUCUGGACCUGACAAAGACAAUUCAACUCUCCAAAUUGUCAAAGCACCAAAUGGAGAGAUCUCUUCUUAACCGAAAGAGCCUUAGACGCCAAAACCACAUUCGAGGAUGCCACUCGCGCCAGGUCAAGCACAGCGGGAGGAUUGUUCACCAGCCUUGCCAGCGUCGGUACAAUUAUUAAGAGAAUGCCUGAUGGUUUCCUUCCUUUCCUCCAGCCCACAAAUGAUUUCCCCUCCUCUGGAGUCCAUGUUAUGUAGUGUGGGAGCACGGGUCUCCAGUGAGUGCACGCAGAUCUCGGUGCAGCGUCUUUUGUAGCUUUUUUUUUUUUUUUCCCCUCGUUUCUUUUUUCCUUUUUCUUUCUCGUCUUACAUUUCAAAUUAAAUUAACACCAUGUCAGUAAAGAUGGAUAGUUACAAUCUACUCAAAAAAAAUCUAAUCGGGUUGAGAAUCAUUUUUAUUUUUUAUUUUUGCCGUUGGCACCAUCACGUUGGCAUGGUUAGGCCCAAGCUAUACUUGGGGUUGACUGUCACACUGCCACUCCUGCAACUUGAGCACGAAUACUAACUGUGGUCUCCCAAAAAUGUCAUUAUGCAACUAGAAGACUAUAUAACCUGGUCUGAGCCACGGCCAUCCUCUUGGCAGGAAACCAAAAAUAUGCAUUUUAAUAUGUAGAGGAAAAAAAAUGAAAACUUGUACUGUCUUCUCUCUGGUAAAUGAAGAGGGCUGCAUUACACCUCCCAUUAUGGAGAUGUAACCAAUACCAGCGAAGAAUGGUUUUCAGGCUUCCACCGAUGACCAAACUGUUAAUUCUGAAACCACCAUGGCAUUUUUUUUAAUCAUUUUUAUUUCUAAACUUUUGGCUUUUUACUUGUUGGGCAUUGCAUAGGAAUCCAUAUGUAGCAAUGAGAUGUAAGGUAUUCUAAAACGAAGACAUUACUUUGGCUUUUUUUUUUUUUUUUUUACUACUUGUGACUGUUUACUAACUUUGUUAUUUUAUGACUGCUUAUUUUAUGUCUGCCCUCAACUGGUAAGGGCAUUUAGCAGGUGCGGAUGAUAUCCCAUGUGCUGGACUUUGAUGGGUGAACAGAGCAAUUUAUCAAAGACCUGCGUUUUAUGCCAGUCUUUAAUAUCCCCCUUGCACCUCCGGAGGAUGCGCUUAAUUUCUGAUGAGGCACUGGGCUUAUCCUAAAUUAGGUGCAUCCUCUGUCAGUCCAUGCACCUAAACUGAAACCUACGCCUGCUCAUAGCUGACAUAGAUUUCAGUCAUGUAUGCCAGAAAACUGGUGUAAAACUAUGAUAAAUGUGCUGGGGCCCUGCACCACAUGCCACUCCCGCCAUGCCCCGUGCAGUGACAUUUCAAAAGUUGCAAAUGUUUUUUUUUUUUUUUUUGUUGUUUUUAAACCAGAAAACUGGCAUAAGGGGUGUGUGACAAAUUCCCCCCCCCCCCCAUAUUGAUGCAGAUUGUCCAGGAACGGCUGGCAGACAAAGCUUCUCUCCGUUGUGCCCCACUAUUCUUAUUAACUCUUCAUGAGCAUAUUGUACAUGCACUUGUUUAAAGGGACACUUCCAUAAGAUAGGGUUUUUUUGUUUGUUUGUUUUUAUUAAUCUGAAUAGCCAUAAAAAAAUGUGGCUACUUUUUUUUUAUUUUUGCCACUACUGUGCCAUUUGAAAAUUAAAUACAAAAUACUGUCCUCCUGCAGCAGUCAGCACAGAGCUAAAAGUCCUGCAGGGAACAACAGAAUAAUGUUAGUUUUUGACUCUGCGGCAGAGAUGGGUAUAUCUGCACGGUAAU